AUGGAAUCCAAUGACCAUAUUCUCCUUGAUUGUCCCUUUGCUAGAGCCACUUGGUUCAGUAGUUCCCUCUCUUUCAUUGUCCCCACUUAUGGAACUCCAAAAGUUUUUGAAUGGUUGAUGAGUUGGGACCAACGUAUUGCUCAAGAUAAGAAGAAGGUUGUUGAAAUGCUAAGUUUAUCCUCAUUUAUUUGUUGGUUCUUGUGGAUAUCUAGGGACGAUAUGGUCUUUAACCGAAGAACUUGGUCUCCAAUUGAAGUUAGCCAGAUUGAUCAAUGUGCUUUUCAAGAAUUUUGGGACCCAAACUUUCUGUCGAGCAACCAGAAUUCUCACCCGUCACGUAGGGACAAUGGGAAUCUUAAAUGGUUUCCCCCUCGUAACAAUAUUAUUAAAGUAAACUGUGAUGCUGCAUGGCUUGUUGACUCAUCUGGGGGAGGAUUGGGAUUUAUUGGCCGAGACGGUUUGGGGACUCUCCUCUUUUCUGUCUCUGAAGUUGUGGAUGUAGUUGAUGUUUUUACAGCAGAAGCGUUGGCUAUUAGAGUGGGUUUGGUGCAAACCAAUUCUCUCUUGAAGAUUCAGAUUGAGUCUAAUUACAAAGAAGUGAUCUCUCAUAUAUCUUAA